GCGUGGGUGAAGAUGGCGGCUUCGGUGACUGGGCUGCUGAGGGAGAUUGCUGAGCUGGAGGAGCCCCUGGCCGAGCUGAACAGUUUAAAGGCGGCCGUGAAUUCUGUGCCGUUGAACACGCUGCAGGAAUUGGCGACGGGUUUGCGCUUUGGGGUGCUGUUCAACUUGCUGGACUGCAAUGACAGGGAACAAAUCGAUGUGUGUGUUGCAAUUCUGGAACGCCUUCUGCAAGCUUUAGAACCAGUCUACCUGGCUCAAAAUUACAAACUGGAACUCCAGAAGGGACUUCAGCAUUCUGAUGACCAUGUUAAAGUCUUGGCACUGACUCAAAUUGGACGGAUUGUUGAGAGCACAGAUGCAGUUGUGACAGUUCUUGAUUCUCCUGAGUUGCUUAAGGAGAUGAUCCAUAGUAUUGGUGGUGAGCAAAUAUCGGUUGCAAAAGAGGCAAUCAAAGGUCUUUCCAGAAUUGCCCAGAAUAAAGCUGGACUUGAUGCAUUAUUUACGACCAACAUGUUACAAGAUUUGAAAGAUGUCAUGGGUAUCAGUGAUGUGGUACGAUACAGAGUUUAUGAGUUGGUGCUGGAGAUCGCAAACGUGUCAUCUGUUUCACUUGAGUAUUGUGCCAGCAGUAGUUUAUUAACUCGGCUGCUUGGCGAGCUUGCAGGGGAUGAUGUCCUCAUCAGAGCCACCGCUAUUGAGAUGGUCACCUCACUUGCUCAAAGUCAGCAUGGACGACAGUACCUGGCUCAGCAAGGCAUCAUCGAUCAAAUCUCAAACAUGAUCACAGGUGCAAAUUCUGACCCCUUCUCUGGCUUUUAUUUGCCAAAUCUGGUGAAGUUUUUUGGAAACUUGGCAAUGGUUGAUAGUCCUCAGCAGAUAUGUGAACGUUAUCCUGUCUUUAUCAAAAAGGUGUUUGAGAUGAUUGAAGGACAGGAACCAACCAUGAUUGGAGUUAGCUUAGAUACCAUUGGGAUUCUUGGAUCAUGUAUAGAAGGAAAGCAAGUUCUAAAUAAAACAGGUUCUGCAUUCCAAGAGGUUUUGAGAAGGCUGGGUUCGAUUUCAUGCAGUGCUUCCACAGACAUGCGCAUCCGCUGCCUUGAUACAAUUGCUUCUCUCCUUUCUCUGCCGAUUGAUCAGCAAACUGAAGAUAUUCUAGGAAUGACUGAGUCCUGGUUCCACGCUUUGCACAGCCAUCCAAUGGAAACAUUCCGCAGUCUGAGUUCCCAGCCUUUCCCAGAUAUCCACAUUGGUGCACUAAAAGUCUUCACCGCAAUUGCUAGCCAACCUUGGGGUCAGAGACUGAUGAUUGGUACACCAGGAUUUGUGGAAUACAUCAUCGACAGGUCAACUGAAGCUGACAAAAAUUCAAAGGAUGCCAAAUUUGAAUUGGUAAAAGCCCUUGUAGAUUCCAAGACAAUAGCUGAAAUCUUUGGAAACCAACAUUACCUGCAACUCCGAGCUUACCUGCAGGAAGGCCCUUACUUUGUAAGAGCAACAGCAGCAGUAGCUGUGGAAGGUGGCGAGUAGCCACUGAUGAGAGUAUUGACUUUCUUUAAAUUUUUACUUUUUUUUGGUAAAGGACAUGUUACAUGAAGCUUGGUAUUGGACAGAAGCUUCAAUUAAGUGGAAUUUUCAAUCUCUUUAACAUUCUUUUCCAUUCCUUUAAGAAAACUGAGAGUAAUGAUAAGGUAUGCAACUCAAGUAAUAUAAAUACCUUUUUGUGGUGUUGAACCAGAUUUAUAUAUUAUGUAAAGCAUCAACCUGAUUUUGAUUUCCAACUGAAUAUCAAUCUUGAUAUUUAUUUUAAAAACUUAUACAAUUGAAAUGAAAUCGGAAGCUCAUUUUUAUCCAAUUUCAAUAAUUGAACCAUCUAAUCCUGGAAUUUCCUAACUAAGCAUCUUCACUGCCUGUUUCAACUGGUUCAAUAGCAGCUUGCCACCACCUCCAGAUGUUUUUUGGGCAAGCAUAAUGUUGACCUUGUCCAUAUCCUGUGACUGAUUAAAGUGUACUUGAGGUUUCCAUAUGUUGUCUCAAAACCUCCAAUAGAAAAAGGAGAAAAAAGACAAGUUCAAAAUCUGUACCUGCCCAUUUAAAAUGGAGUUGAAGAAUUGUUGAGAAUUAAGAAUUUGUGGAAAGCUUUACCCUGGAGACCUUUUAGAGGUGGAAUUGUUCAAGUUAUUUAAGGCUAAGAUGUUCUGGCGCAAUUGGUGAGUACAAGGUUGUAUCUAAGUAAGCAAGUGAGGCUGAGUCCAAGAUUAAACCAGCUAUAGUCUUAUUCAGUGGCACUGCAGGCUGACUGAACCAUACGGUGUCGUCUUGUUUCUUAUGUUUCAGGUUUCAUUUGGUACAUUAUGAACCAUUGGGUGAUUGGGUUUUAUUGCCUGUGCUGGAUAACAGUGCACAAACAUCUGUGGUGGAUAUGAUAUAUUGUAAAGUUCACUGCAUAAAAACACAAGAUCUUUUGCUUCCCCACCUCUUGUCAUAUGUGAGCACAAGGCAUCUCUGCUUUGACAUUUCCUAGUCAAGACAAUGUUUAACCUGUUCAUUCCUCUUCAGGUUAAACAUCGUGUUGACUUAGAAAUACUACUUUUGUACGAUUCCUCUCAGAUCUUUAAGUGGAUGUCUAAGAGUCAUAAAUAAGAAUUUUGGCCGAUUAUAUCCAUGCCAAACGUCAAUACCCGUCUUUACUAAUCCUGUUUGCUAGCACAUGGUAUGUAAUCUUCUUUGCCUUGUUGAUUGUUUGUCCAUGUACUUAAAUGUUGUGAGGGUAUCUCCCAUAUUCUGUGCAUCAACAAAUUUUUUUUUAAGGGUUUGGGGUGACUAAUGAGUCCUGGGCAAGAUCCUGCCACGAGUGAUAUUUUAUUGGCAGAGGCAGGCAAGUGGGUUACUUGGGAUGCUUUGGAUUACUUCCACUAGCAAUCUUGGUCUCCAGCGCUAGAAGAGCUGAGAACCCUCUUAGAUACUUCUCCGCCAGUUGGGCUAGGGAUUCCUGUGAAUUGAUGAUUUCAUCUCCCCCCACCCCCCGCCACAAGAGAUCCUGAAGAUCUAGAGACAUUAUCCCAUCUCCUGUCUUCCCAGGAAAAAAAAGGGAAAAUGUGUUUUAGGAGGCUGAGGCAUGUGGAUCUCCUCUACAAAAACUUGGUUUUGAUUCCCAUAGGAGGCUUGUUUUCCCAGUGUUGCAAGCUAUUUAAAUAAAACAUUAUUUUAACAAAUAGUCAAGUCUAUUGUCAUUUAAGUAUAUACAUGAAUAUAAUGUAUAUAACUAUAUAAUGUAUAUAGAAACAGGACAAUGUUUCUCUAUUGGUGUAGGUAAGGAUAAAAUCUACAGAUGAAUUACACAAAUAACAAACCAAAGUGCAUUAAUAUUAAAUAUUGAAAGGUACGGAACAGAGACACUGUGAAUACAAUGCACCAGGGAGUUCAGAAGCCUAAUGUCCUGGAAGAAGAAACAGUUUCUCAUCCUGACAGUUCUUGUUUUUAUGCAUCGUAGUCUCCUGCCUGAUGGAAGAAAGUCUGAGGAUGCUAGAAGGAUGUGUGGGAUCCUUGAUAAUGUAAGGGCAUUGCAUAUGCAGCGUUCCUGAUAAGUGUCUCUGAUGGAUGGUAGGGAGACCCCUAUGAUCUUCUCAGCCAUUCUCACAGUCCUUUGUAGGGAUUUCUGGUCCAAUGCUAGACUGCUCCUGUACCAGAUGGAGAUAAAACUUGUCAGGGCAUUCUCAAUGGUGCUCCUGGAAAAUGCAGUUAAGAUUUGGGGGGGGGCAUUUGAAGGUGCUUUGCUUGUCUUAAUCUUAGGAAGUGGAGGCACUACUCUGUCUUCUUGCUGAAGGAGGUUAUAUUAAGGGAUCAGGUGAGGUAAUCCAUGAUGUGACCUCCCAGAACUUAAGACCAUAAGAUAUAAGAGCGAUUUGGCCCAUCGAGUCUGCUCCGCCAUUCAAUCGUGGGCUGAUCCAAUUCUUCCAGUCAUCCCCUCUCCCCUGCCUUCUCCCCAUACCCUUUAAUGCCUUGGCUAAUCAAGAACUUAUCCAUCUCUACCUUAAAUGCACCCAAUGACUUGGCCUCCACAGUUGCUUGUGGCAACAAAUUCCACAGAUUUACCACCUGCUGACUAAAGUAAUUUCUCCACAUCUCUGUUCUAAAUAGACAUCCUUCAAUCCUGAAGUCAUGCUCUCUUCCUACAAUCCCCUACCAUGGAAAAUAACUUUGCCAUAUCUAAUCUGUUCAGGCCUUUUAACAUAUGGAAUGUUUCUGUGAGAUCCCUUCCCAUUCUCCUGAACUCCAGGGAAUACAGCCCAAGAGCUGCCAGACGUUCCUCAUGUGGUAACCCUUUCAUUCCUGAAAUCAUUCUCGUAAAUCUUCUCUGAACCCUCUCCAAUGUCAGUAUAUUCUUUCUAAAAUAAGGAGCCCAAAACUGCACACAAUACUCCAAGUGUGGGUUCACGAGUGUCUUGUAGAGCCUCAGCAUCACAUCCCUGCUCUUGUGUUCUGUUCCUCUAGAAAUGAGUGCCAACAUUGCUUUUGCCGCCUUCACCACUGACUCAACCUGGAGGGUAACCUUUAAGGUAUCCUGCACAAGGACUCCCAAGUCCCUUUGCAUCACUGUACUUUGAGUUCUGUCCCCAUCUAAAUAAUAGUCUGCCCAUUUAUUUCUUCCACCAAAGUGCAUGACCAUACACUUUUCAACAUUGUAUUUCAUUUGCCACUUCUUUGCCCAUUCCCCUAAACCAUCCAAGUCUCUCUGUAGGCUCUCUGUUUCAUCAACACUACCUGCUCCUCCACCUAUCUUUACAUCAUCAGCAAAUUUAGCCACAAAUCUAUUACAUAAUCCUGUAGUCCAAAUCAUUGAUAUACAUCAUAAAAAGUAGCAGUCCUAACACCAACCCCUGUGGAACUCCGUGUCAACUGCAUCUCCUUUGUCUACCCUGCUUGUAAUUUCCUCAAAGAAUUGCAGUAGGUUUGUCAGGCAGGAUUUUCCUUUAAGGAAACCGUGCUGGCUUUGGCCUAUCUUGUCAUGUGCUUUCAGGUACUCCAUAAUCUCAUCCCUAACAAUUGAUUCCAAUAACUUCCCAACCACUGAUGUCAGGCUAACAGGUCUGUAGUUUCCUUUCUGCUGCCUCCCACCCUUACGUAGCGGAGUAACAUUUACAGUUUUCCAGUCAUCCAGUACAAUGCCAGAAUUAUUGAUUCUUGAAAGAUCAUUGUUAAUGCCUCCGCAAUCUCUCCGGUUACUUCCUUCAGAACCUGAGGGUGCAUUCCAUCAGGUCCAGGAGAUUUAUCCACCCUCAGACCAUUAAGCUUCCUGAGCACCUUCUCAGUCAUAAUUUUCACUGCACAAGCUUCCUUAACACUCUUGAAUGUUUGGUAUUCUGCAGAUGUCUUCCACUGUGAAGACUGAUGCAAAAUAGCAUUCAGUCCCUCUGCCAUCUCUGCGUCUGUCAUUACAAUAUCUCCAGCGUCAUUUUCUAUUGUUCCUAUAUCUACCCUCAACUCUCUUUUACCCUUUAUAUACUUAAAAAAGCUUUUAGUAUCUUUGAUAUUGGUCAUCAGCUUCUUUUCAUAAUUCAUCUAUUCUUUCCUAGUGACCUUAUUAGUUUCCUUCUGCAAAUUUUUAAAACCUUCCUAAUCCUCUAUCUUUCCACUAGCUCUGGCUUCCUUGUAUGCCCUCUCUUUUGCUUUUACUUUUGCUCUGACUUCACUUGUUAGCCAUGACAGUGUCCUCCUUCCAUUUGAAAAUUUCUUAUUUGGAAUAUAUCUGCCUUGCACUUCCCUCAUUUUUCGCCGAAACUCCAGCCAUUGCUGCCUUCCUGCUUGUGUCCCUUUCCAGUCAAUCUUGGUCAGUUCCCCUCUCAUGCUGUUGUAAUUUCCUAUAUUCCACUGAAAUACCGACUCAUUGGAAUUUAGUUUGUCUUUCUCAAAUUUCAAAGUGAACUCGAUCAUAUUUUGAUCACUGCUCCCUCAGGGUUCCUUUACCUUAUCACCUCCAGAUCAUUGCACAACACCCAAUCCAGAACAGCCGAUUCCCUAGUGGGCUCAACAACAAGCUGUUUUAAGAAAUCAUCCCUUAGACAUUCUACAAAUUCUCUGUCUUGAGGUCCCAUACUGGCCUGGUCCAGUAUAGUACUUGUUGCACUUAACUCUCUCUAUGAUAACUGUUGCUAACACUGUUAUGCCAUCUGCAAACUUGACACAGUUUGAGCUGAAAUCUGUGACACAAUCAUGCAUCAGCAGUCUGGACGGUAGUGGGCUGAGUUCACAGCCUUUGGGAGUGUCAGUGCUCAGUGUAAUGGGAUGAGUAUCGUUGCUGCCCACUCAGACUGAGUGUGGCCUUACUGUUAAGAAGUCUGGUAUCCAAUUGCAGGGGGAGGUGUUGAGACUCAGCGAGGACAGUUUCCCCACCAGUUUUUGGAUUAUGAUGGUGUUGAACACUGAACUGAAAUCUGUAAACAGCUGUCUGGCAGAUGAAACCUUAUUUUCCAGGUGGUGGAGGAUGGAGGUUAUUACUGACAGGCAUACUUUUGAUCCUGAAGGAAAUUGGGUUUUGUUACAGUCACACCAACCAAGAAUAGUGUAGAAAUAUAGCAAUAUAAAACCAUAAAUAAUUAGAAUAAUAAUAAGUAAAUUAUUCCAAGUGGAAAUAAGUCCAGGACCAGCCUAUUGGCUCAGGGUGUCUGACACUCCGAGGGUGGGGUUUUGCAAAGCUGAAAUUAACUCACUUUUAACUUAUUUUCUGUAUCUGGGAAGAAACAUCCUGGAAGUCUCCGGUUUCCACCAUUUUCAGCAUGAUGCUUCAGUACUUUAUAUAACUGGGUGUCUGGUUUUCAAAGGCUUGUAUUUUGGACUAACUGCAAGACAAGUUUCAUUAUGUAAUACUUUCACCCAUUGUGCUUUUUAUGUAAAGACUUUAAUAGAUGCAUCAGUUGCCAAAUGUUGCUUAGUGAUUUUGUUGAUGCCAAUGAAACAACUUGAUAUUUAACAUAAGCUGAGUGUUUAUCAUCUAAGGCUGACUGGAGACAACAUCCCCUGGUACCUUCCAGUUGCUGUUAAUUCUGGUCAUUUGGGGACUCAAACAAAUAAUUAAGAACAAAAAGAAAAGCUUAUUUAGUUGUGCAUGCUCAUUCUGAACAGUUUUUCAUUUAUCUACAAGCAAAUCUGAUAAUUCCACUUAAUAAGUUUAAGAGAGACCAGGAACAGAAUUUUGUUAUAUUCCAUCUGGGUAGCCUCCAACGUGAUGGCAUAAACAUGAUUUUCUGGCAAUUGCUCAUGCCCCCCCCCACCUUCAUUAUUCCCCAUAUCUAUUUCCCUUUCUCACCUCAUCUCCAUCAUCUCUCUCUGGUGCUCCACCCCCUUCCCUUUCUUCCCUGGUUUUCCAUCCUCUCCUAUCAGAUUCCCCCUUCUCCAGCCCCUCUUUCUCCAAUCAAUUUCCCAGCUCUUUACUUCACCCCCUCCCCCUCUCCUGGUUUCACCUAUCACUUGCCACCUUAUACUACUUCCACACACACCCCACCCUACUUUGGCUUCUCUUCCUUUUCAGUCCUGAUGAAGGGUCUCGGCCUGAAAUGUCAACUGUUUAUUUUCCAUUGAUGUUGCCUAGUCUGCUGAGUUCCUCCAACAUUUUGUGUGUUGCAAAGAACUUAGUCACUUUUUCAUACUGUACAUUGCCUUUGAAUACCUUUAUCAGAUUAUUUCACUUACUUUAUAUAGUUUUAACAAUCAUCUAUAAACUGCUCUUCCCAUACUGACCAUUGUCAUUAAUCAUUGACCCCUUUGUGGUUUGUGCCUUCAGUUAACUGGAUGCUAAAUAUUGGAAUUCCACGUCGCAUUCAUCUUUUGAGAUGCUUCUUAAAACUUCCCUUUGGUCAGUCUGAUAAUUAUCUCUCCUGUUAAAUGAUAGGGUGAUUAAUCUUUAAUAAAGCUCCUGUGAGCAGCUUAAAUCAAUGUUAAAUAUCCUACAUAAUGCAUGUGAUUUUAAAAGAAAGUUCAUUAUUUUGUAAAUCAUCUUGGCACAUCACAUCACUGUGCUGUAGCCAGAACAGAAACAGCUGUAGUCAAAUAGUAUGUCCCAUAUACCUUGACCAUAAACUCAUCAAUAUGGCUUGACAUACCCCUGGUUAUUUUCUGUGAGUAAUAUAUUCAGUUUUUUCUUCACUCCACUGCUGAGUUUAUUUCCAUGAAGACUCAAAUACCUGAGUGAACGGUGAGGAUUGGAACACAAGGCCUCGCACAGAGCUAGACCUCCUUCAUCUUCAAUUUCAUUGGAGUCCAGGUCUACUUUACAUAAGCUUCCAUUAACACAGAGCGCUUCUGCCAAGUAUUUUGCCCCUUCGUUGCAAAGAACAUUUUCAUCGAGGAGGACGUGGGAGAUGUGCCUACAUUUCUUCAAAAUAUCAAAUAGCUCUUUCCACCCAGUCAAAUCUACAGCAUUGUUCUGGGACAAUCCCAAAUAUUUGAGAGGUGGGUUCAAGCUGAGAAACGAGGCCACGCACUUCAAGCCUUCAUUAGUUAAUUGAUUUGAACCAAUGUCAAGUUCUGUUAGCUGCAGCUUCUUUUGCUGGAUCACAGCCUGCUCACCACCUUGAAUGUCGUUCCUGUUUUCUUCAGUGUUCUCCCCCAGAAAGAGGUCAAUGAGUCCAUUCAUCAAAAUGCAAAUACCUUUGUCGCCCAAAUUAUUUCCGUGUAAUCUGCAAAAAAAAAGGAACACUCUAGUGGUAGAAGAUAAUGUAUAAGAUAAGUUAUUUGUCCCAAUCUUGACAGGAACCUGCAACUGUCAUCCCAAUUGUUUAAAAACAUUUGUCAUGUGAAAUUCAAGGUUUAAAUGAUCUGGAAAUCAACAGGUACAGAUGCAGAAUAUGAAGUAUAACCAAAUCAUGCUGGAAAUAUGAGGCAAUACAUGGAAAGAGAAACAGUUAAGCCUUGUCAGAAUUCAAAGUAAAAUUUGUCAGCGUACAUGUAUGCCACACAUAGAACCCUGGGGUUCUUUUUCCUGCAAGCAUACCUAGCAAAUCUAUGGCACAGUAACUGAACUGUAAACAUCAGGAACCGCAAAUGCAGAUAUAAAUAAUGAGCAAGAAAUAACAAUACAAGAGUCCUUAAAUGAGUGUAGUCAUCCCCUUUUGUUCAAGAGCCUGAUGCUUCAAGGGUAGUAACUGUUCUUGAACCUGGUGAUGAGAGUCCUGAGGCUCUUGUAUCUUCUACCUGAUGGCAGCAGCAAGACUAUGGCCUGGGUGGUGAGGAUCUUUGGUGAUGCUGCUUUUCUAUGGCAAUGUUUCAUAUAGAUGUGCUCAAUGGCUGGGAGGGCUUUAACCAUGAUGUACUGGGCCAGAUCCACUGUCUUUUAAAGGAUUUUUCCACUCGGUAUUAUUGGUGUUCCCAUACCAGGCUCAAUGCAGCCAGUCAAUGCACUUUCCAAUACACAAAGAUUUUCUCUUUCCACAAGUACUCUCUGACUUGCUACAAGUUUCUAUUUUCUGUUUUAAAUUUAAAUAAUGUGGAGUGCAUGAUUGGUUGGAAUCUGUAUGGAGCUAGCACUGUGGUACAAGCUGUGUGUCCUAUACACAUUAAAAACCCACUUAACUGAUUACACAUAGAAAAUAAAUUAAUAUACUGGCAUGUUUACUGAUUCCAAAUGGAAUUCUGAUUACUAAAAUGGCUCAAACUUUGUUUUUGCAAUCUUGUCUUCAGCUCAUCUUCACUUUACAUUGUAUGUCAGUGCCUCCUGUAUUUGUUCCAAAAUUGACACCAGCAAUUGGGGAUCACAUCCUGUUAACCAGAAAGUGGGUAAAAUGUACACCUUAUUAUGUGUGCCCUUUACAUCAUGUUUGGACUUCAAGAACCAUUAAAUGCAUGAGGAAGGAUAUGGAAAGCAAAACUUUAAAUCUGCAGAUGCCGGAAAUCUGAAAUAAAACCAGAACGUGCUAGAGACACUCAGUAGAUCAGGCAGCACUAGUGGGGAGAGAAACAGUUAAUACUUAUGGUCAAACAAUAAAAGGAAGAGGGAAGUUACUUUGAUGGAAUUAAAUUAAGGUGAGGGAAAAAAAUCUUGAGUGUAUACACUGGUGUGGUUGAAACAAAUGGCCUAUUUCAAAGCUUUAAUUGGCUUGUUCAGCAUUUCCAUUAUCUUCCAAUUUUGAACAACUUUCAACACCUUUGAUAGUAAAUUAUUCUAUCUGGUUGCUGCUGUUUUUCAAUAUUUUCCAUAUUCUACCACUUGUGCUGGCAGUUCAUUCCACACUCUUAAUACCCUCUAUGUGAGGAAGUCUCCCCUCAUGUUCACCUUAAACUUUUCACCCUUAACUCAUGAUCUCUAGUUCUAGUCUCACCCACCCUCAGAGGAAAAGGCCUGCCUGCAUUUAUCCUGUCAAUAACACUCAAUUUUAUAUGUCUAUCAGAUCUCCCCUCAUUCUCCUAUACUUCAGGGAAUAAAGUCCUAAUCUUUUCAACCUUGUCCUGCAAAUCAGGUCCUCGAAUCCCAGCGACAUCCUUGUAAAUCCUUUCUAUACUAUUUUCAAUCUUAUUGAUACAUUUUCUGUAGGUAGAUGACCAGAACUGCACACCUUACUCUGAAUUAGGCCUCAGUAUUGUCCUGUACAACUUCAACAUAACAUCCAAACUCAUGUACUCAAUACUUUGACGUGAGAAGGCCAAUGGACCCAAAGCACUCUUUAGAUUCUCUGUCCAAGAGAUAUGAUCCCUAAUUACCACUCCCUGGAGUAUUAACUAGCUCAGUGACAAUGGUAUUUGUUAAGGUUCACCAGCAGUUCCGAGAGGUCGGUGGCCUGAAACGUUGAAUGCAACUCUCUUGCUCCCUCACAUUUCCAUUUUAGAUUUUACUUACUGUUCAGCCACUCAGUUCCUCCAGCAGACUGUUUCUCCAGAUUCCAGUAUCUGCAGUGUUUUACAUUUCCAUUAAUUAGUGUUUAGUUUGUAUUUGUUCUCUUGUACUUUAGCUUGUGAUGAGAUGAUUAUGUACAAAUAAUUGAAUACACAAAUUAAUAAACCUG